GACAGGCACGUCGCCAUAUACUACUGCACGUACAUUCAGUGUUUAUCUUAUUAAGUGUAAUUAGUGUUAUUUAAAACAAGAUAAGGGUCUUAUUAAUAAUUAUCUUAAUAGUUCUAUAAUAUUAGACAGGUUUGCACUAUUUCCCAUUUCCAGUGAAAAUGCUUAAAGUUGCGGUAGUGUGCAUUUUGGCGUGGAUCUCGUCCACCAAAGGGGCUGAUUUCGAUGUCCCUGCACUCUAUCAGCUGACGGAACCGGUCGAUCAUUCUGAAGAACCAACGUGGGAUGGGAGGAAGAAUAUUCUAUUCUACGUCGAUAUUCACAGUGGGAGGAUUUUCAGCUACAACUACAAUACAACUGAAGUGAAUUACAUUACACUAGAUGGGGAUGUUACUCCAGUUGUUCCGGCUGUGAAUAACAGCUUGCUGAUUGUCGGCUUGAACCGAUCGGUUCUGGCUGUGGAAUGGGAUGGAACCAAUGAACUGGGCGAGCAAAAGGUUCUUGCCAAUAUUUCUGAAGAGUUUCCUACCAGCAGAGUGAAUGAUGGGAAAGCCGACAAAGAAGGCCGGUUAUGGAUAGGCACAAUGGGAUAUGAGAAUAUCACCGCCGGCACCGUGGUGCCAAACGCUGGAAUCUUCUACAAAAUCACCAAAGACACCCUGGAGGACCCAACUGUGGAAAUUGCGCCUGUUAAUGUUAGCAAUGGGCUGGCGUGGAACGCCGCCAAUGAUAAGUUUUACUAUGUGGAUUCUCCUACCCGAUUGAUUGCUUCCUACGACUACAACGACACUUUAGGGACGAUUUCAAACCGCCAAGUGGCUUUUGAUAUGCGCGAUCAUCCAGAACUGGCUGGGCAUCCAGAUGGGAUGACUAUUGAUGAGGACGACAAUCUCUGGGUGGCUUUAGCUAAGGGCGGAGCUGUUUUGAAGAUCAACCCCACUAAUGGCACGCUUUUGCAAGUUAUAGCACUUCCUGCAAGAGAUAUCACUUCGACCAUGUGGGGAGGCCCAGAUCUGGACAUUCUUUUUGUGACCACUUCGAGAAUUGCCCUUACAGAUGAUGAAAAGCUGAUUUAUCCGGCUGCGGGCAGUUUAUUUGCUGUUACCAACUUGAAGACCAAAGGCCGGCCCGUAUUUAAUGCCGAUCUGGUUGAUUCAAUUUGAAACAUUAGUAGCUGUGCUUCUUGUACAUCGGCUAAUAACUGCUUUUGCUAAAAAUGUUGGAAAAAUAUAGUGUUUUGUUUGAGGA